AAAUGUAGUGAGUAAAAUGAGAAUUUAGUAGGGCAGAGAAGAGGCAGAGAUGAACAGAGAGAUAGAGAGGGAAGAGCAUUAUGAAAAAGAAAAAAGAGAGAGAAAGAUAUAAAGAGAGAGAGAUAGCCCUCACUUUGGAGGAGUGGUCUUCUCUCUCAUCUAAAGGAUUUCGAGCUGAAUUCACCAUCACACUCGAGACACACACACCUGCUGUGGAUAUGCCGUUCUCUGUUGUGCUGGAUGGACACGCACCGUGGGGCUUUCGACUUAUUGGAGGACGGGACUUCAGCCAACCCCUCACCGUCGCUAAAAUAUCACCAGGAAGUAAAGCUUCCAGAGUCAACCUCUCUCCUGGAGACAUCAUCUUAGCGAUAGAUGGAGUUUCUGCAGAAAACAUGAUGCACUCUGAGGCUCAGAAUCUAAUCAAGGAUGCCACCUACCAGCUCACACUUACUGUAGAGAGACCAGAGACUAAGCUGUGGUCACCAAGUGUCACUGAACAAAACAAAAGCCAUCCAUUUAAAAUUAACCUAGAGGCAGAGAGACAAGAGUGCAGUCCAAUAGGAACAGGCCAUAAUCGAAAGGCUUCGCCAUUUGUGGCCGCAGCCAACAUCGAUGAAACACGUCAGGUGGUGAGCCCAACCUACAACUCCCCUAUUGGCCUUUACUCCUCAGGCAAUAUCCAGGACGCCUUACAAGGGCAACUCAAGGGCCUCAUCCAUGGCAAACCAGGAAGUCCUAGGAAACUUAACAAUAUAGAGGAGUCCGAAGUAUAUCGGAUGCUGCAAAGAGAUCAAGAUGAGGAUGAACCUCAUGAACCGCGACAGUCGGGAUCUUUUAAAGCAAUACAGAGCUUUAUUGACAGUGAGGGUACAUGUCCAUUAGUGAAAAGGAAAGUCCGCGCCCCUAUGACCAAGUCAUCUGCUCCUGCGGGGAACUUGCACAAGCUACCAAUGUGUGAUAAGUGUGGUAACGGCAUAAUUGGGACAGUUGUGAAGGUUCAGGAUAAGUUUCGUCAUCCGGACUGUUUUGUGUGCGCUGAAUGUGAAGAAAACCUAAAACAAAAAGGAUACUAUUUUAUAGAUGAUGAGCUAUACUGUGAAACCCAUGCUCAUGCCAGGGCAAAGCCUCCUGAGAGUCCAGACCUUUGACCUACUCGUUCUUUUAAUUACAUAAGGACACAUACUACAAGUCAGCUACUCAGUUUACGAACAUCUUGUUUUAACCACAGGCAUAACAUUUCCCCACAAUUCAAGCACAGUCAUUUCCACCAGAUACUAAGAGACACAUUUAUGGAUAGCGCAUUGUUGUGUCGUGUGUGCUGGGUUGCAGUUUUUUGCACUUACUUUAUAGGAGUAGGAUGUGUUGACUGAAAUAUGUGUGUAUGAAUAAAGGUUUUGUUUUUUGAAGAGUCAUA